AUGACAGGGGUCAGGUCUACACAGAUACUAUAACCUUUCACAAAAGUAUAGAUCUGAUUUACCGUAUCAAAAUUUUAAUUGUCUGAAAAUUCUUCUGGAACUUUGAGAGUAGGAUGGGGACAGUCUCUGAUGACAUUAGGAGGCUUUUGGAGGACUGUGAGCUGUUUGUAUCAGAUAUCCUACAGGACGAGAACCUCAGUAAACAUGCCAAAGAAACACGGGACGUCCUACUUAAUAACUUCAGGGUGGUCCACUCCAGAAAUCCUCAGGAGUUUCCCUUCAGAUUUGAGUCCAGACAGGAGGACAGUUCAGAUGACAACCAGAGCUCAAGUCUGGGCCGCUCGGCCCCCUCAGACGACCUGUCAGUGGCCUCUGACUACCAGGACGAGGGCUCUCCUGAGUACUUUGAGGAGAUCCAAAUGGUGGCAGCCCAGGAUCUCAGUAACAUCUUGAAACAAGGCUACCUGGAGAAGAAACGACGAGAUCACAGCUUCUUCAGCUUAGAAUGGCAAAAGCGAUGGUGUGUCCUUAAUAACACAAUAUUCUACUACUUUGGGAGUGACAAAGACAAGCAGCAGAAGGGCUCCUUCUAUAUCAAUGGCUACAGCGCAGAGCUGGUGGCCAACCUACGUAAAGACUCUAAGAAGAAUGCCUGCUUUGAGCUGAGUGCCCCUGACCGACGCUCCUUCCAGUUCACUGCUAGCAGUCCGCGAGAGGCCAGGGAAUGGGUGGACCAGAUCAACUUUGUCCUGAAAGAUUUGAGUUCCAGCUUCAUCCCCUUUGAUGACGAUGAGGAAGAGGAAGAGGAAGAGGAGGAGGAGACCUAUGAUGACAUUGAGGGGGUGACCGGGGUGGCCAGCCCUCCCACUCGGCCCACCCCCGCCCCUGUCCCCGUCCUGCCCCAGCAGGCCAAAGCCUCUCUCAGUAGCCAGGAGGAAUGGAGGCCCAGGCAGGGGGGGCAAGAGGGGGAGGAGGAAGAAGAGGAGGAUGAUAUCUACGAGGUGCUCCCAGACGAUGACUUUCCAGAACCCAUUGAGGAGAUCAGUGAGAAGAGCACCAAACCAGUCUGGUCCAUGGACUAUGCCAACUACUACCAGGGCUUGUGGGACUGUGAGGCAGAUGAGCCUGAUGAGCUGGCCUUCCAGAGAGGUGACCUCAUCUAUAUCGUCAGUAAGGAAUAUAACAUCCAUGGCUGGUGGGUCGGAGAGCUAAAUGGUACCAUCGGUAUCGUCCCUAAAGACUUCCUCCACCCUGCCUACAUCCUCUGACCUCCAAGAAGUACAGGAUCACUCUCUUAUCGUUAUGAUUAUACAAUAUAAUGGACUAAUGUAGCAUAACAGGUCUCCUGACACACAUUGAGAGAGCAGGAGAGGUGUAUAUUCACAGCGGUUGACCGGCCAUUUAAGACAUCUGGUGGCUGAAGGUAGAACUGCAUGUGAAAUUGAAUCAGCAUUAUAGAUGGGUUGGUUGUUAAGCAACAAAACCGACCUGUGCGCAACUAUGGGGCAAAACAGAUGGGGCUGGCUUGGAUUGUUGACAGCAUGUAAACUAUAUUUAGUCUCUAAAUGUUUAUUGAAAAUGUAAAUACAAUGAGCACUUGUUGUCUCUCAAAUACAUAGUUACAGUUGUUGGUUAGCUAGCUAGUGAAUUUUAGCCAUAUUAGCAUAGAUGUGUCAUGAGUCAAAACAAGAUAUGGUAUCAAUAGCAAUAUACAAUGAGCUGAAACGAGCCACCUACGAUUCCCCACAUGGCAGCUUCUUUUCAUUGUUGCUAGCUAUCUGACCAUCCAGAAUCAUUACACCACACGGCCUUCUGCCUCAUCAACAUGCGCACAUCGUUUUUGUGACGUUGUCAGCUAACCCGUCUUAUAGAUACUGAUAUGCUCAGUAAUGCUUAAUUAUAGCAUCAUUGACAUCGUCAUUGAAUUGGGAAAAAUGAGUCCAUAAUGAUAUUAACUAUAUGCCAUAGAAAACAUAUCAUACUGCACUGUACUACAGGAACUGUAUGUUACACGUUACGCUCUGAUGAUAGUUUACGUUUGUGUUAUGCCUUACUUCUACUGUUGAGUGAUGUGAUUUACUGCGUUCCCAAUCCCCAACACUGAACACUUCGAGAUUGAUGACAAACUGAGAUUUUUUAUUAUUUCGUAAUAUAAUGUAAUGCAAUGCUGUUAAUGUAAUGUUUUUGUAGAAUGUUUUUGUAAAGAUUGACUUCAUUUCCAUGCAUAAAUUACAUUACCAUGGUCCUUCUGGGGCCUUUGAUCUACACAUCGAAUUACGGAUAAUUUUGAUCAUGUCAAAAGGUUUCCUCUAUUCAAUUGUUUCCAGUGUGCAGUAUUUCUGCCCAUGUGUGUGAAUGGAAAUGGCCAGAUAUUAAUGAAACAUUAUGCCCCUGUGACAAAAAUAGGAAAUCCUCACCUCUGAGUGAACUGGGGGCUAUUCGACAUUACAAAGCAUACUAACUUGUGCCUUCAACAACAUGCUGACAUUAAGAUAUAUUACAUUUACAUUUUAGUCAUUUAGCAGACGCUCUUAUCCAGAGCGACUUACAGUUAGUGAGUGCAUACA